GGAUCAGUAGCGCACCGCCCGUCCGUUUGGCACUUGCAUAUAUUGACGACGGACUCUAUCUGUGGCGACUGGCGAUUGAUUGAUUGUUCGCUUGCUGGACAGACAGACAGCCGGCGACACCGAUCUUUGCAUUAUCGAUCGCACUUCCACCUGUGAGCUUCUGGGUUCCCCGCAUAUGUCGGCAGAAGCUCCGCCCUUUCCGUCGUCUCCGACUGGAAAAUCCAUCGGCCAAUCCCCCCUAUUCUACUCGAAUAUUCAUUCUCAUGCUUCUCUAUCCUUCAGAUUUUCAAAGCCCCGGUGUUUCGCCAGAAAUGGAAUCCGAUGCAGCUUCGAGAAUUCGCAGAGAUGGACGGUUGACUGCGUCUCAGGAACGGAUCCGAUUCACAUAAUCCUCAAGCCGUCUCCUUCUUCUUUAACAAUGGCGACUUCAUCUUCCCUGAAGAACAACGCUAAGAGGGUUUGUCUAUUCUAUUGCAACGAAAUGAAGGCCCUCGCCGAGCGAAUCGCCGCCGAGUCUGAUGCGAUUGAGCUCCGUAGCAUCUCCUGGAGGAAAUUUGAGGAUGGAUUUCCCAACUUGUUCAUAUCAAAUGCUCAUGGCAUUCGGGGACGGCAUGUGGCAUUUCUUGGGUCAUUUAGUUCGCCAGGAGUGAUAUUUGAACAACUGUCUGUCAUCUAUGCACUGCCCAAGUUAUUUGUUUCCUCAUUCACACUUGUGCUCCCAUUUUUCCCCACCGGAACAUUCGAGCGCAUGGAGGACGAGGGAGAUGUUGCAACCGCUUUUACCCUUGCCAGAAUCUUGUCCAACGUACCUAUUUCAAGCGGAGGACCAACUAGCUUGGUCAUUUUUGAUAUUCAUGCCUUGCAGGAGAGAUUCUACUUUGGUGACAAUGUCUUACCAUGCUUCCAGAGUGGGAUACCCUUGCUUAAGAAUAGGCUUCAACAGCUCCCUGAUUCUGACAAUAUAUCCAUUGCUUUCCCAGACGACGGUGCAUGGAAGAGAUUUCAUAAGCAGCUGCAACAUUUUCCAUCAAUUGUUUGUGCAAAAGUCAGAGAAGGUGAUCAAAGAAUCGUGCGUCUCAAAGAGGGGGAUCCUAAAGGACGUCACGUUGUGAUAGUCGAUGAUUUAGUGCAAUCUGGUGGCACUCUUAUCGAAUGCCAGAAAGUCUUGGCAAAACAUGGGGCGGCAAAAGUCAGCGCCUAUGCGACUCAUGGGAUUUUUCCAAACAGGUCCUUCGAACGUUUCAAACCCAAUAAUGAAGGUUCUCCAGAGAAUGGAUUUACUUAUUUCUGGAUAACAGAUUCAUGCCCACAAACUGUAAAGGAGGUGAAAACCAGGCCACCAUUUGAAGUUCUUAGUCUUGCUACAUCCAUAGCUGCUACUCUUCAGAUUUGACAUUUCCUAAUGAGCGGAUCAGCUGCAAACAAAGCAUGCAAAAUCAAACGCCUCCCUCAAGCUAUAAGGGAGUAUUCUUAAAAUUCAUUUGUUAAUUUUAUUUAUUUAUUAUGAGCUGUUGUUAACACAGGCUCCCGAGACAGAAUUUUGCAUUAACAACUUGUCCGAAUUGGAAUUGGGUUAACCUUCUUCCCCAAUGCACUUGAUAAUAAUAAUAAUUAUUAUUAUCAUUGUCUCU